UUUCAUUAUGUGGUUUGUUGACAAGUUACAGAGCAUAAGGUGAAAAAACAUGUGUAAGUUGGAUAACUGAAAUAAAUGGAAUAUUCAUUUGUGUAGUUAAUGAGUAACCGAAGAGUGUGCAGUAAAAAAGGCAUACUACGUUAAGUAAAUACAGGCGUGACCUACUUAACAUUGUCCUAUAUCUUAACAGCAGCACAUGCUACAUUGCUUUUUUCCUACAAUGAAGAGAACAAUUUUUGGAGUGUUUCAAAGAGCCCAUACUUAUGGUGGACACUCUGUAGUGUGCAGAAGAGAAGGAGGAAGGCGUUCACAAUUUACAACGUGUUUGGAACAAGAGGAAAAACAAGUACAACCUGAAAGUGAAAAAAUCAAAUCUUCAGUACUAACAGAUUUAUUUGGAAGACACCACAACUAUCUCAGAAUAUCAGUCAGUGAACGAUGCAACUUAAGGUGUCAGUAUUGCAUGCCAGAGGAAGGAGUGGAUCUUUCCCCCAAGGACCGCAUUCUGUCAGGCAAGGAAAUUGUUCGAAUAUCUGAACUGUUCAUGAAGCAAGGAGUGAACAAGAUUCGCUUGACAGGAGGUGAACCUUUGGUUCGAGGAGACCUCAAAGAUAUUAUAAAGGGAAUAAACUCAUUCAGAUCACAGUACAAUCUCGAAACAAUAGCCAUAACAACCAAUGGAGUUACAUUAGGAAAGAAACUUCCACAGUUAAAAGAAGCAGGACUUGAUUUGAUAAAUAUCAGCCUGGAUACCUUGAUUCCUGCAAAGUUUGAGUUCAUCACAAGGCGGAAGGGAUGGGAAAGAGUGAUGAACAGUAUCGAUACUGCAAUAGAUUUGGGUUACAGCCCUGUAAAGGUGAACUGUGUAGUUAUGAGAGGAGUGAACGAAGAAGAAAUUGUGGACUUCGUGAAACUGACAAAGGAUAAAAACAUAGAUGUUAGGUUUAUUGAGUACAUGCCCUUUGAUGGGAACAAAUGGAACUUCAAGAAAAUGGUAUCUUAUGCAGAGAUGAUUGACACUAUCAAGUCUACAUUCCCGGAUCUUCAACGAAUGUCAGACCAUGCGAAUGACACAUCCAAGGCAUACAAAGUUCCUGGCCAUGAAGGGCAGAUUGGGUUUAUUACCUCCAUGAGUGAGCAUUUCUGUGGCUCCUGUAAUAGACUUAGAGUCACAGCAGAUGGAAACCUGAAAGUGUGCUUGUUUGGGAACGCAGAAGUCUCACUCAGGGAUGAGCUCAGGAGAGGCGCGGAGGAAGAAGAAAUAUGGCAGUUUAUCGAGGAAGCUGUUAAGCGCAAGAAGAAACAGCAUGCUGGGAUGUUUAACCUGUCCAAAAUGAAGAACAGACCUAUGAUUCUAAUUGGCGGUUAAUUUUAUAAGUUCCACUGUGGGCAUUAUUGAAUCCCAAAACAUUUUUAUAUGUAUCAUUUCCAUUAUAUGAACUGUGAUAAAUAAGAUGUAAAUUGGAUUGUUCCAUGUUUAUUUUAACAGGUUAU